AGUAUUCCCACCAUGCCAGCCAAACCAGCACCCAUUAAAAAAUCAGCCAAGAUGGCUGUUGUUAAAGAGGAGAAGCCGGCAGAGCCCGAGCCUGCGCCCCAGGCUCCCCCCGCAGAAGCACCACCACCACCAGCUGAAGAACCUGCCCCAGCUGACACUACCCCCCCAGAAGCACCUGCUCCUGAAGGCCCAGCUGAGGAAGCGCCUCUUCCCACUGAUGCUCAAGCUGAUGCUGCCCCUGCUGAACCUGCACCUGUAGAAGAACCACCUAGAGCACCAACACCACCACCUUCAGCAGUGCCCACAAGUGCUCCUCUAAACCUCACCGUGGUCGAUGUCAAUGACGACUCAGUCACUCUUAAAUGGAGGACCCCCGAGACCAUCGGAAAGGGUGGACUGGAUGGAUACACCGUGGAAUACUGCAAGGAAGGAUCUUCUGAAUGGGUGGUCGCCAAUGUCGAGCUCAACCCCUCCAACCGCCUUGUCAUCAAGAACCUGACAACCGGGGACCUGCUUAACAUCCGUGUGGUGGCCGUGAAUGUUGGAGGCCGGAGCGAGCCUGCCACCCUGCCUCAGCCUGUUGUCAUCCGAGAGAUCUUGGAUCGGCCCAAGAUUCGUAUGCCCCGUGCCCUGAGGUCAAAAUACACCAGGCAAGUUGGAGCACAGAUCAACCUUGUCAUCCCGUUCAUUGGCAAACCUAAACCAGUGAUAUCAUGGAUCAAGGAUGGCCAGCCUUUGGAUACAAAGAAGGUGAACAUCCGCAACAGCGACAAGGACAGCAUACUCUUUAUCCGCAAGGCGGAGAGAGAGGACUCCGGUGUCUACGAGAUGACCGUGAAGGUGGACAGUUUUGAAGACAAGACUUCCCUUCUUAUUCAGAUCGUCGAUCUACCUGGACCACCUACCUCAGCCAAACUGGUUGACACCUGGGGCUUCAAUGCAGCUUUGGAAUGGACCCCUCCCAAAGACAACGGCAACACUGACAUCACAGGAUACACCGUUCAGAAGGCAGACAAGAAAACUGGAGACUGGUUCACGGUUCUAGAGCACUUCCACAGGCUCAACGCCACAGUCUCUGACCUUGUGAUGGGAAAUUCAUACAGCUUCAGAGUUUUCACUGAAAACAUGGUCGGAAGGAGCGAAAGCGCGGCAGUCACGAAAAACAUUGCUCAUAUUCAGAAAACAGGUAUUGUCUACAAGCCGCUGGAGUACAAAGAACACGAUUUCAGCGAAGCUCCCAAGUUCACAGCCCCCCUCAGCGACAGGGCAGCAACUGUGGGCUACACCAUGAAGCUACUGUGUGCGGUUCGUGGAACACCAAAGCCUAAGAUCGAAUGGCUGAAGAAUCAGAUGGUUAUAGGGGACGAUCCCAAAUACAGGCAAAUCAACAGCCAGGGAGUUUGCUCACUCGAAAUUCGCAAACCGUCCAACUUUGAUGGCGGAGUCUACACUUGCAGGGCCAAGAAUGCUCUGGGUGAAGCUACAGUGGCCUGCAAGCUGGAGGUCAAAAAGGUGAUUGUUCAAGAAGAGAAGAAAUAAACAGUACCUGAUGAGGAGCAGAAAGCAAGACCUUAGAUAUAAAACGAUGUUUACAGUGGUGCUGGAAGACGAGCUGAAGUGUGCCGAGCCUCAACCUUGUUUCUAUGAUAACUUCUUUGAAUAAAAUAUAAGAAAUAUUUGAAAAUUGCUUUUAGGGGUUAUAACAAUUCUUGAGUGCUAACAGGAGGAGUUUGGUUAUAAAUAAUUGUAUAUUGUUUGCUUGUCACACUAUUUACAACUUGUUUGUUUUGUUAAUAAGACCCUCAUUGUAACGCAGUCUGUUUCCGAUUAAAAGAAAAUAAAUUCAAGACACCCUUUAUUACAAACUUACAUGAUAUUGCACAAAUGGUUGUGAAUUAGCUGCUUGCUCUUUAAAUUGUAUUUUGUCUCUGGAUAAGGUCCUGCACUGUGGAGAGUUUUAUUGAUUAAACUGUGUUGUUAUAAACCGGCCUGUAUCACUUUAUAAAGAUAAAGUUUAGAGUCAGUGCAGUUUUGAACAGUGGUCACAGAUCUAUAUCUUCAACAAUGCCAUAUUGGUUGAGUAAAGGAAGCAUGAAGGGUUUAAAUUUGGAUUUGUGGUCGUUUGUUCUUGUUCAGUAGCUUUGAACAGAGAGAGGUGAACACGAUUAACAUCUGCAUUGACAGUUUAACUUCUACUAACUCACACGAUACAUCAUCAUUUCCAGACUUAAGUUCUACUUAAACGCAAAACAUUACCAAAGUGUCACAAUCCAAAGCAGCAAACUAUUGUCUCUGCCCAUGAGCCAGUUUGCAACUCAUCUUGAGUUUUGACAUCCUUGCUUUGCUGUUGGGUUACUAACUACGUUAAAAAAAACCCACCCCAGCUGUGGUUGCAGGAUGUAGGUUCACCACGUGUCAGAUGAGUGUUACUUAGAAACAAAAAUGACUAAUAUUGAUACCUAACUCAUAAACUAUAAAAAUUGCAACAUGUCUGAAAAAAUGAAACACUGUAAUGCAAAAUAUUUCAGUAAUAAAGUCAAAAUUGUCA